UUGAGAGGGGAGGAGAAUGACGGCUGGGUCUGCCCCGGCAUGCCUUGGGCUUCCGGUGACCUCUGGCCCUUCUCUGUCGUCCGCUCUUACUACCUAGCGUGCUCUUUCGUUCAUUGCCUGCCUUCCCUGCCUCUGGUCUCCUUUUACACGCUGCCUGGUUGACUGGCGCCCGCGACUGGCAGGGAGGCAGUGGCGGAGGACACUCGUUAUGGCCGCCUCUAAGCCUGUGGAGGCGGCAGUGGUCGCAGCAGCUGCACCCAGCUCCGGCAGUGGGGUGGGCGGCGGCGGCGGGUCUGCGGGCCCGGGAACAGGGGGCCUGCCGCGAUGGCAGCUGGCACUGGCUGUCGGGGCUCCCCUGCUGCUGGGAGCGGGUGCCAUGUACCUGUGGAGCCGACAGCGGCGGCGCCGGGAGACCGGAGGCCGGGGUGACGCCAGCAGCUUGAAGCGCCACAGCGAGCGGAAGACCCCGGAGGGUAGGGCCAGUCCGGCCCCCGGCAGUGGACACCCCGAAGGUCCCGGUGCCCACCUGGAAAUGAACUCUCUUGAUAGAGCUCAAGCAGCCAAGAACAAAGGCAAUAAAUAUUUUAAAGCAGGAAAAUAUGAACAGGCUAUCCAGUGCUAUACUGAAGCUAUUAGUCUGUGCCCUACAGAGAAGAAUGUUGACCUUUCUACAUUUUAUCAAAACAGAGCUGCUGCCUUUGAACAAUUGCAAAAAUGGAAAGAGGUGGCACAAGAUUGUACAAAGGCUGUUGAACUUAAUCCCAAAUAUGUGAAAGCUCUCUUUAGACGUGCAAAGGCCCAUGAGAAGCUAGACAAUAAGAAGGAAUGCUUAGAAGAUGUCACUGCUGUGUGUAUAUUAGAAGGGUUCCAAAACCAACAAAGCAUGCUAUUAGCUGAUAAAGUUCUUAAACUUCUUGGAAAAGAGAAAGCCAAAGAAAAAUACAAGAAUCGUGAACCUCUGAUGCCGUCUCCACAGUUUAUCAAAUCUUACUUCAGUUCUUUCACUGAUGAUAUCAUUUCUCAGCCCAUGCUUAAAGGAGAGAAAUCUGAUGAAGAUAAAGACAAAGAAGGAGAGGCUUUAGAAGUAAAAGAGAAUUCUGGAUAUUUAAAGGCCAAACAGUAUAUGGAAGAAGAAAACUAUGAUAAAAUCAUAAGUGAAUGCUCAAAAGAAAUAGAUGCUCAGGGCAAAUACAUGGCAGAAGCAUUAUUACUACGAGCCACCUUCUACCUGCUUAUUGGCAACGCCAAUGCGGCCAAACCAGAUUUAGAUAAGGUCAUCGGUUUGAAAGAAGCUAAUGUGAAGCUUCGAGCAAAUGCCCUCAUCAAAAGAGGCAGCAUGUACAUGCAGCAGCAGCAGCCCUUGCUGUCCACUCAGGACUUUAACAUGGCUGCUGACAUCGAUCCUCAGAAUGCAGAUGUUUAUCACCAUCGAGGACAGCUGAAAAUACUGCUUGAUCAAGUUGAAGAAGCAGUGGCAGAUUUUGAUGAAUGUAUUAGGUUAAGACCUGAGUCUGCUCUGGCACAAGCUCAGAAAUGUUUUGCCUUGUAUCGCCAGGCAUAUACAGGAAACAAUUCUUCACAAAUCCAAUCAGCUAUUAAAGGUUUUGAAGAGGUCAUAAAGAAGUUUCCAAGGUGCGCUGAAGGUUAUGCACUAUAUGCCCAGGCAUUGACAGAUCAACAACAGUUUGGUAAGGCUGAUGAAAUGUAUGAUAAAUGUAUUGAUUUGGAACCAGAUAAUGCCACAACAUAUGUUCAUAAAGGUUUACUUCAACUACAGUGGAAGCAAGAUCUGGAUAAAGGUUUGGAACUUAUUAGCAAGGCUAUUGAAAUUGACAAUAAAUGUGAUUUCGCAUAUGAAACCAUGGGAACUAUUGAAGUGCAAAGAGGAAACAUGGAGAAAGCCAUUGACAUGUUCAACAAAGCUAUUAAUUUGGCCAAAUCGGAAAUGGAGAUGGCCCAUCUGUAUUCACUUUGUGAUGCUGCCCAUGCUCAGACAGAAGUUGCAAAGAAAUACGGAUUAAAACCACCAACAUUAUAAAACAGGAAGAAAGGAGACUGACCCUAUUUUUAAAAGAAGUUUACCCCCUCUUCAGCUGAACCCUAAAGACACUGUCAUGAACCAUGUUGAAUGGUGGAACUUGGUAUUUCCGUUUGUGGUGUUGUCAUUUGUUACAUCUGUUUCAUGUUUAGGUGUUGUGGGUGUGGCUGUUGAAGGACGUUUGCAGUCAUGCAGCUUUUAUUCCCUGUGCAUCAAAAGCUUAGAACAUAUUAAAGGGAUAUUAAAAUAAAGUUGCAAAGAGUACAAAUGAUAAUUGGCCAUGCAAAUAAAAACUUUGAUUUGUUGAUUUGUUUUUUUUUAAUGGGGAGGGUGGGGGGUUGAUUAUGUUCUGGAUGAUUUUGUCUUCAUAUAUAUAUGUAUGUAUAAUAUGAGUAUUUUACAGCAUGUUUGUUUUUAAAUUAACAUAGUAAGUGCUGUAAAAUAGAUGUCUUUUGUAUUCAAUCUGUUUCAGUUGAUUUUUUGAAGGAAACUACUUAAAUGGGGAUUAAAGUAAAAUUGAGAGAGCCUUUAAACCAUUGUCAGCAUGCACAAUGCCUCUGAUUCUGCAGAACCUUAGAAACGUAGUGGUAACUGUUAAUCCUCUUGGCCCCCUUCCACUCUAAUGGAUAAUGGACAUCAUUCAAGUCCACAACAGCUGAUUUUCAUCCAGUAAAUUAUGCUGAAGUAAAAUAUUCUGAUUGAUAUACCUACUGGAAGACUUGAGUAUUGAUGGGGGAGUAGACCCAGAAAAAGAGGUAAGAUGAAACAGAAGUGUUUAUAAUUAAUUGUCUAUGACUAUUUUCUGUAAUAAGUACUGCUAUUUAAUAGUGUACUUUUUAAAGAGAGUAUAGGCUUCUUGUAUGUAAACUCCCCAAAAAGAUUUGUUAAUAUGGGAGUAUUUAAUUAGCUUAAAUUUUCUAAUGAAGAAAAUGUGGCAAAAGGUUCAAAAAGGAUAUAAAUCUUAAAUCCAGUGCAGCAUUUCCUGAUACAAGUUUAGUGCUUCAAUUAUGGCUACGUGUGCUUAAGGAAUUUUGAGCCAGUAAUUUCCAGGAUGAUGAAGACACGUAGAGUACUUUUUAGUGCUGAACUAACCUUGAUCUCUAAGGACUAAUUGCUCAUGUCCAGGUCUUCACUAGGGAUACUGACAACAGGUUUUUGUUUGGUUUUGUUAAUUUUAUCUUUAUUCCACCACUUUACUUAGAAAUAACUUUAAGACUUAUUUCCAAUUGUCACUUUUAUAGACCAUCAUUGUGCUUACAUGCUGGAUUUUUCUGGUGGGGAAAGGGUAGUAUUCUUAAGGGGUAUCUUAUUUUGAGAUAUUCAAAGAUGGGGAGAAUUUUAAGACUUAAUAUACUAAAAGAGGAUACUCCUUUUUUAAAAAGUAAACUUUCAAUUAUACUUUUCUGGAAAUGAAAUAAAAUUAUAGUUUACAUUGUUGUAGGUAAAAGAGUGCUUUAUCCUGCUGAAACCAAAAAAAAAUUCUCUAUAAAUGCUCUUUUUUAGAAUCUAAAUAACUCUCUUUCAAAGUAAAUAUUUGGAAAAUAUCAAGAAGGCCUCUAAAGGAGGCCUUAGUAGGAGCAGUUAACAUAAUUUGAGAUACAGUAGAACCUCCAUAAUUGACCACCUCCUUAAGUUGACCUAAUUUUCAUAUCGGAUAUGUACCACAGGAAUGUAUCAGUAUAGUAGCCCUAGUUCCUUAGGUUGGCCACCUCUGUAUGUUUACCAGCUUGUUACAGUCCCUUGGGUGGUCAACUUACAGAAGUCCUGCUGUAAUUUGGAUGAUGGGAAGUUCGAGAGUUCAGCACUUUGUUCUUAAAUUAUGCACCAAUUAUGGUAACCCCUUAAUAUGGAAAUGUUCUACAUCUCUGACUGUCCUCUGACUUAAAAAACAGUUUUUAUUUGCAUGGCUGUACUCACAUUAAUAUUGACCUAUCUUCUACUCUUCUCCCUUCUUUCCCCUUGGGGUUGGGUAGGAAAAAACAAAGGAAACUGAAGCAUGUGCCAUUCAGUACUAUCAUUCCAAAUUCUCACGGACUAUGCCUGUUGUGAAAAUAUUUGAAACUGCACUGAAAGCUGCAUCUGUCUGUAUCUUUUCUUUUGUAAAUGACCUCACAUGUAAAUUCACCAAAUAAACAUUACAUUCA